CUCCUCCCCCCCUCCUUCUCCCCCUCCUGCUCCGGCCACACUCCCCGCUCCCUCACCCCGGAGAGAAGCCCGAUCAGACGGCGUCGCAGCGGACAUUCCCCGGGACAACAUGGCGUCAGGCGUGACCGUGAACGACGAGGUCAUCAGGGUGUUCAACGACAUGAAGGUGAGGAAGUCCUCGUCCCAGGACGAGGUGAAGAAGAGGAAGAAGGCGGUGCUGUUCUGCCUGAGUGAGGACAAGAAGAAGAUCAUCGUGGAGGAGGGGAAGCAGAUCCUGGUGGGCGACAUCGGGGAGACGGUGGAGGACCCCUACGCCUGCUUUGUUAAGCUCCUCCCCCCCAACGACUGCCGAUACGGGCUGUACGACGCCACCUACGAGACCAAGGAGUCCAAGAAGGAGGACCUGGUCUUCAUCUUCUGGGCUCCAGAGAACGCUCCCCUGAAGAGCAAGAUGAUCUACGCCAGCUCUAAAGACGCCAUCAAGAAGAAGUUUACAGGUAUCAAACACGAGUGGCAGGUGAACGGGCUGGAUGACAUCCAGGACCGCGCCGCGCUGGCGGAGAAGCUGGGUGGGAACGUGGUGGUGUCUUUGGAGGGCAAGCCGCUGUGAUGUCAUGGCCAAGCCAACCGCCGUGCCAUCCGGACCGCCCCCCCACCGCCGCCCCCCCAGCAGCUCGCCGUCUGCGCCGGUCCUGAAGGAGUCUUCAGGACGCUUUCCUUUUGCUUUUUGUUCCUUUUGCUUUUUGUCCAACAUGGAGAUCUCAUUUACAUAAUGAUAUGCAAACCCCUCCCAGUCUGUUGCCACAUGACUUCUGUCCACCUGGCAGAAGACCGCAGAAAUGACCCCAUACGGCCCCCCAGGGCGGAGCCAGAGUUUUGCCAAACGGUACAUGUGAAGGAAGCAGCCACGCGUGUCGGAGGCGAGCGCCGCGAAGCUCCGCCUCCUGCAGCACACGGGUCAUGACGCUUUUUACAUAUGACUUUAUUUAUUAUUGUAACGUGUUGUUUCUUCUCCUUGUUGUUACUAUGCACCAGGAGAGGGGGAGGGGCAUCAUGAACACUACAGGCCACCUCAUCACGCCGCUCGCCCUCGCUCUAGCCGUUCGGUCGUUGCCUUACUUUCAGUUUGAAUGUAACCGUCACACCAGUUAGUUAGAGUGCACUUUUAUUUUGUAAAGAAACACUACAGGAAGCAGACUUGACCCAAGCAGUGAGAGACAACAACGACAACAACAACACAACGACAUCUGGAACCUUAAAGAGCAACGUUGUUUCUGAGAUCACAUGAAGCCACUUUGCAAUAAAAGCCUGUGGCAGAUCUGA